UAAUGGUUUCAGCAUAUUCAGUUGGAAAUGGCAAAAGAUCUAAUGAAGUUUAAUAAGGACCUGAAACUCCAGGACCUGGUUAAUAUUCUGGAGAUAAGAAAUAGAAAUACACACCUCCUAGUUUUAAGUAUAGAUAGAUCUCUCUAUUAAAUUAGGAUUCCAUAAGCAUAAAGAUAAACAUUUUAAUCAAGUUUUACUCCAGGUCCAGGAGCAUAUGCUUCAUCUGAUGUAUAGCAUAGAAUAUAAUAUAGAACCUACUAAAAGGACCUAAAUUUUCUUUUGCUGGUAAAAAAUAGCAAUCUGUUACAUCAUUUUAACCUGGACCAGGAGCUUAUAAUGUAAAACCUACUAAAUAAGCUCCUUAAUAUAGUUUUGGAGGUAAGUAUGGUAGUCAGCCUGAUGAUUUAUAACCUGGUCCUGGAGAAUAUUAAUUAAGUAUGUAAUUAGAUGCUCCUACUAUGAGGUAAUAAAAUCUUUUAAAAUAUUUAUUAGAUUUCCAAGAUCUAAAAGAGAUGAUCCACAUUCAGAAAAAGUUCCUGGUCCUGGAAGUAUUAUUAAGAUUUUAUUAUUUAUACAGCAUAUAAAUAAGAUAGAGCUGAAUCUGCUCCAAAGUUUCGUUUUGGUAAUGCUUAAAGAAGAGGUCUUUAUGAUAAUGAACUUGGAAAAGUGCCAGGACGUAAAUAUAAUUUAUAUAUUGAAAUAGCUGGACAAUACAAUUAUUAAUCAUAAUUUGAGACUAUCUAACCUAAGGGUUUUUCUUUAGUAUCUAGAAAAGAAUAAAUUACAUAAUAACUUGUAGUACCUGGACCUGGAACUUAUGAUCCAUAACCUAUUAAAAGACCUCCUUCAUGCAAAAUAGGUAAAUCUAUGAGAGGAUUCCAAUUUGCUAAUCCAAAUCCAGGACCAGGUGAAUAUGAACCUUAAAUUGAUACUAUACGUCCUUAAUCAGCUAUGAUUAGAGUAGGAUCAGCUACUAGAAGACCUCUUAAUGAUAUUAAAGGAGUACCAGGACCUGGAACUUAUUUUAUACCUUCUAAAAUAGUUGAAGGUCCAUAAGUUAAAAUCUUAGGUCACAAAUAUGAUCCUGUAUAAGCUUAAAAAGAUUAAGUACCUGGACCAGGUUAAUAUGAACGUCCUAUUAUGUAAAGACCUUAAUCUGCUAAGUAAUGUUUUUUAUAUACUAUUUUUUUAGAAUUGGUACAUCUAGAAGACAAGAACUUAAUACUACUUUAGAAGUACCAGGACCUGGACAAUAUAAACCUAAAGAUAAAUUAGUAGGACCAUCUUGGGGAUUUGGUACCAGUAAAAGACCACCUUUAAAUCCUAAAAAUGAAACUCCUGGACCUGGUGGAUAUGAUUAAACAAAUGAAUUUGGAUCCUUACCUAAAUAUGCUAUGAAGAAAAUACCAUGAUCUUUUAUACAAUAAAUACA